AUGACACAAGAUACUAAUACUUUAAGCUAUUGGUUGAAUUGGAGAUUUUUCCUUUCUGCGCUAUUUAUUUUAUUUAGUAUGGGAUUGGGAUCAUUUUUGAUAUGGAAGUAUGAGGAAUUCAAUAAAUCAAGAAACGAGAGGGUAGUUGAAGAAGGGCGGCGAGAAUCGGUUGGAUUGUUAUACGAAGAUGAAGCGUGGAAUACUUGUGUUAAAGGGAUUAAUCCUAAAUGGCUUCUUGCUUAUAGAAUAGUUUCUUUCCUUGUGUUUUUGGGUUUGCUCAUUGCGAAUGUAGCUGUUGAUGGUGGCGGCAUAUUUUACUUCUACACUCAGUGGACAUUUACAUUGGUCACUGUUUACUUUGCGGUUGCAUCUUGUUUCUCCUUCUAUUGUAUUUACUUUAACCACACAAAAUUUGAGGGAAAUACAUUAGAUGCAGAACGAGGCUCUUAUGUUGCUCCUACACUUGAUGGAAUUGCAGAUGUACCUAUUCUAUCUAAGAGUUCCUAUGCUUCUCGGGAAACUAUCAAUCAGAAUACUGCUGGUGUAUGGGGUUAUAUUAUUCAAAUAAUAUUUCAGACUUGUGCAGGUGCUUCGGUGCUCACUGACAGUGUAUUCUGGCUCGUUCUUUAUCCUUUUAUGACACCCAAAGACUUCCGUCUCGAUAUAUUCACUGUUAGUAUGCACUCAGUUAAUGCUGUGCUCCUCCUUGGUGAAACAUCAUUGAACUCCAUGAGCUUUCCAGUGUUUCGAUUUGCAUAUUUUAUCUUGUGGACGGCUACAUUUGUGAUUUUUCAGUGGAUCAUCCAUGCCGUUGUUUCGCUUUGGUGGCCUUAUCCUUUCCUUGAUCUGUCAUCCCCAUUUGCACCCUUAUGGUACUUGGCUGUAGGUAUAAUGCACAUUCCAUGCUAUGCCAUCUUUGCCUUAAUAGUGAAGUUGAAGCACUUGUGGCUGUCAAAAUUGUGUCCUGGUUGCUGUCAAUUUGUACGAUGA